AAUGAAAUGCACAGUCUGUCAAAUCUUGCUAGAAGACGAUUUCAAACAGCAUUACGCAUCGGAAUACCACAUUUACAAUCUGAAACGGAAGAACAACGGCCUGUUGCCAACAAGUACAAUAACAAAGGAGGAAGUAAUUGAAGAAGAGCUGUAUACAUGCGGUAACUGCAGCAAGCAAUUCAUCAAGCUGGGCCGGUUUAAUCAGCAUGUCAACGAUUGCAAUAGGAACAAGCAGGUACCGGCACAAGACGGUGCCGAAACAGAUGAACAGAAUGUAAUUUAUUAUAGCGAUGAUUUUGAUGAUGAGCCGUAUCUGUACUUGCCGAGCGGAACGGUGUUGGGCAAUAAAAAGUAUUUGCGAAUUUUUAAGCAAAACGAUAAGAGCGAGUACAAAGAGAGGGGAACAGUUGUGGUCUAUGAUAAGAGUGUGGUUGUUGUGCCGGAGCAGAGCAAGCGAAACGAGAUUAAGAUCAGUUUAGGUAUGAAUAGGAUUAGUAGGUUUAAGAUGCAAUUCUCGCACUAGGGUGAACUGAGCGUGAGAAAAUGCAUGUCUUUGCUCCCUGUGGUAGGUCUGUGUUACGAUCAAGCAAUGAUGAACAGGUCUAUCAUUAAUUGCUUGAGAAGAUGAUUUAUUUUUGGGGUAAGAGCAGCAUUUUAGCAGUUAAUGAUAGACCUGUUCAUGUUUGUUGAGUCGUUUCUUUCAUUAAAAAAAGUUUAUUUCAAGCA